UGUAUCCAGUCCUGUUGUAGUGGGUUCCACCACCAUCAUCUCUAUACAGGCUACAGUCUAGGGCUGUAUACAUACUACUAUCAGUACAGCUGGUACAUCUACUGCAUGCUUCAUUGGCAAUGCCUCCUCCCUGAUCAGUCCCUGCCUGAAGUAGUAGUGUACAGUCUGUAAGUGCCGUGUGGUCACUGGGGCGUGGGCUUUACUUCUCCGGUUCAUCAGGGUGUGGAGAAAAGGGAGUCCUUACUGAGACGUGUGACCCAAGACAUUAAACAGUAAGGAAGGAUGACGGAGAAUGGCCCUCAGACGAAUGGGCCUUCUAACCCCCCCUCAGGGAAAUACAUAGACACUAUAGAUCCAGAUGACCCUGAGUAUCAGAAACGCAUGAGGCGCCCUACAGAUGUGCGGGAAGAUGUGAAGCACAUGGAGGACCGGAGUCGCGUGUCCCUCAUCCUCAACAGUGAGGCCUUUCGUAAGGAGCUGGAGGAGAUCGUGGACGAGCAGAUCAAGUCGGGGCCCCACCCUGCCAGUCUCCUCGCCCUACAGCAGAUCUCCGAUCUCCUCCUCCCCAGAAACCACAUGAGCCGUGCCAGGCAAUCUUCUGGCCCCGUCAUUCCAAUAUCAGAUAUCCACGGCACGGAUACGAUCCAGUACUGCAAAGGGGAAAAACUGCUGCGAUGUAAGGUGGCCGCUCUCUACAGACUUAUUGAGAUGAAGGGCUGGACGCAGGGCAUCUAUAACCACAUCAGCGCGAGAAUUAACCAGGAGCACGAGCACUUUCUGAUAAACCCGUUUGGCCUGCUGUACACGGAGAUCACAGCUUCGUCCCUUGUCAAGGUCGACAUGCAGGGUGAGGUCGUGGACCAGGGCACAACAACUCUUGGCAUCAACAGAGCUGGCUUUACCAUUCACUCCGCCAUCCACCAGGCUCGACCCGACAUCCGGUGCAUCGUCCAUCUACACACACCUGAGGCUGUAGCUGUAUCUGUUAUGAAAUGUGGAUUUCUGCCGCUGUCCCAAGAGGCGAUAAUUUGCGGAGAAGUGAGCUACCAUGAUUACCAGGGGAUCUUGGUUGACCAGAAUGAGCGAGAUGCCUUACAGAGAAACCUAGGACCAAUAAAUAAGGUGAUGUUCCUAAGGAACCACGGAGUGGUGGCAUGCGGUGUGACAACAGAGGAGGCCUACCACUACGCCAAUAAUGUUAUGUUGGCAUGUGAAUCACAGGUGAAAGCUGUGCCUGCUGGACUAGACAACCUAGUCCUCGUUGACUCCGAGGUUCGCAAGAAGACAUUUAUGGUGGGAAGCCAGGGAGGCGGUGGUGUGGACACUGGAGGAAAGAAGUGGCGGCCCGGAGAACUCGAGUUUGAGGCCCAAAUGAGGCAGCUAGAUAAUGUUGGUUACAGAACAGGCUACGUUUAUAGACAGCCAAUUCUCAAACAAGAAAUCAGACGGGAUCGUUCAAAUGAAGUGGCAGAACCUCCCGCAUCUAGCAACCUAUCGCACAUGUUUGAAGGCGAUUACGAAAAUUCACAAUACAUGUCCCCAUACAAAGUGGCUUUGGAGAAACAGAAGCAACAUUACAAGGCUGGCUGGCUCAACUCCCCAAACAACUACAUCAAGCAAGAGAUGGAAGAGACUGGCACAACAAACCCUAAAAAAAUAACUAAGUGGGUACAGGAGGAUGAAGAAUCUCCAAAGCGAGCGGCCAUGUCAAUAAAAGUAGAAAACGCUAAUCAAUUUGCACCACUUGGUGACAAUCCUAAGGAAUUCAAACUGAGACAAAAACAGAUUAGGAAGGAUUACUACGAGGAGAAGGUGAACGCUGGACCUCAGUCACGAGUACUGGAAGGCAUGACGUGGGAAGAGGCUCAGAAACUCAAGGCUGAAGGAAAACUAGACGGUUCCCUAAGUCAGGUGGGUGACAGCAUAAUCGUGAUCGGAGCCGCAUCCAAGGGCAUCAUCCAACGCGACCAGCAACAUAACGUACAGGUGUACAAGUCUCAGUACCAGGCCAACCCCUUUGAGUCGAUGACUGAGGACGAAAUUGAACGGUAUAAGAUUGAGGUACAGGGAGGUCCUGUGGGGUCCGGUGAACCAGAUACAAUGGAGCCAGGCCCAGAUGGUAAACUCAUCUCCACAGACGAGCGCAUGCAGACCAUACAACAGCAACAGAAGUCGUCACAAUCUUCGCUGACGGAAACAAGACCUGUUGAAGAGGUGCGUUCAGCUGGUAGUGUGUCCGGUCAGUCUGGAGCGACAGUGACUGCCAGGCUAAACACUGCUUCAAAGUCCCCGGUGACGGAAGAUGACGACGACGAUGAUGUAUUCACCAAAAAUCCCACCCCUCCCACUCAGUCUCCCCUUCCCAGUACGGCAGAGCCUGCCUCUCCAACCUCCCCGGCACCCGUCGUACUACAGCGGUCAGAGUCCACACGGGAACCCCCUAAAAGUCCGGAACUAAUACAGGAACUCACUAAGUCCAACUUUGGACGCUCUAAGUCUGAACGUAAAGCUAAAGGCAAAGAUCGUAAACUGAACGGUGACGAGAAGCCGUCGUCCCCCGCCAAAUCUGACACGUUGAAGUCCACAGAUAGUGCCAGUGGUGGAGAGACACUGGAAGAUCGCAGUAGUAAAGAGGGCUCUCCCACUAAAGAGCACCCAUCACCAUCAAAGGACAAACAGAAGCAAAAGAAGAAGAAAUUCCGUAUGCCUUCCUUUGGCAAGGCCAAGAAUAAAGAAAGUAAAGAAAGUGCCAUUUAGUUCGAGAGUUGCAAAUUGACAUGUGACAAAGUCAUGUGAUCUUUAUAUGCGGAGUGAUGCAAACUUUUUAUAAUUGCAUGGAGCAGAGGCAUACGUUUGUGCUGACUGUUUUGCUUGUGAUUUGUAAAGAACAGAAAUAUUGGAAAAAGACACAUGUGUCGACAUGACAAGUAUUUUAAACAUUUUUGGUCCAAUUUUUAGAACUGACAUAUUGGGAUGGAGCUUGUAGCUUCCUGUGGACAGAUUAACUCAGUAAUAUGUAUAUGCAGACUUUCCCCUAGCUUAUUCAUACAUACGCUUCCCCCGAGGAUUGAAACGGAGAGAAAAGCACAGAGCCGCAAGCAAUAUUGCGAGCAUCGUACGGGAGUAGAUGUGCUGGUCUGGUAGACCAUUUUAUAAAGGAGCCAUCUGUUGACUGGUUGCCAGGUUUGAGCCGGCUGUCGACAUGUUGCCGGGUUUGAGCCGGCUGUUGACUGGUUGCCAGGUUUGAGCCGGCUGUCGACUAGUUGCCGGGUUUGAGCCGGCUGUUGCCUGGUUGGCAGGUUUGAGCCGGCUGUCGACUUGUUGCCGGGUUUGAGCUGGCUGUUAACAUGUUGCUGGGUUUGCCACCAGUAGUUACCACAGACAUUUGCUUGAUGUAAAAAAUAAUUCAAAUCCUUACUUUCAAAUGUUUUGAUUAUGUCUGUUUAGUCCAGUCUCAAUGAAGGACUGUGCUCUUUUUUGCCUGUCUGAAAUGUUAGAGACAAAUGGCAAUACCUACCAUUCUCUCUGUUGCACAAACGGUCACACUUGAAUUGAAACAUCUGCCACAGGAUUCAGGGUAGACAAUGGCAGUGUGCGUGUGGCAGGUAUGUAGGCAGUUUACCCCACCUGAAGUUGAGCAUAGACGAUUGAUGAUGGUGACCAAUUACAGCUUGUAGUCCUUUUCCUUAUGGCACUAGUGCUUGACGGAUGAGAGAAAACAUUUCUUGACCUGUUAGGUAGGGGGAUAGGUGCUUUCCCUGUUUUCUUUUCAAACAGCUCCUUUGUUUUAUUCGUUUUUAACUUUUGUUUUUAUUUUAUACAUUGCUCGAAAGAAAUCAAUCUAUCUAUGAAAACAUGCUCUUCCAUUCAUUAAGCCAUUAUGUAUGUAUUUUACUAUGAAUGAUCUUGAAGGGUCCCAGCAGUGUUUUGAUGGCAUCUCUGCACAGCUUGUAGUGCGAGAUGUUUGUAACCUACAUUUAAUUCUGCUUUUUCUGCUUCAGAAUAAUAUAUUUAGACUUCAUCGACAUGAAAAUAUUUUGUUUAAUUAAAAAAUGGUGUAUGUGCACAUGGUCAUACUUAUAAACACAGAAAAAAAAAUAUUUCAAGGAGAUGAAGGUCAUAUUUAGGAAGGGGGAGGUUAGAGUUAAGGGUUCGUAGACAUUUUUGUGUUCAAAGGGAAGUAACUCUCAAAUUGGGUGAAUGUUGACCCAGGCUUGUUGCAAUACUAACUGUGUGUAAAUAUACUGAGUGUAUAGAGUCUUUUUGUGUCAGAUGUCAGUCCCGUAAGUGUAGUUCUGUCUCGACAAAACAUAUAAACCAAAUCGUCACAUUCACACAUGACUUGGUCUGUGGUUCGCCUGCUUUUAUUGGGUUCUGACACACCUGGAGGCAGCACUGUUUCAUAUUCACGCAAAAAAACAGAGACGCCCUUCCUUUAUCAUUUAAUGUUGUAAAAGAUAAGUUCAGUGCAUUUAUUUCUCCACCCCUAUGUUGUACAGUGUUCCUGUCUGCCUGAGCAUUUUACCAUUGUUCCAUUUCUCUAUUUCUCCAUUUCUUGGUGUUUUGAGCACUAUCUGUAAGUCUAGUAUGUGUAUGAGCAGAUAAAAAGAAUCACAUGAACUUAACCAGGAUCAUUUUUUACUAAGACGAAAAAUGUCUUUCAUACUGGAAGAAAGCAGAAAAGAUAGACAAUGCAUGACAUUGGAAAUCGUAAUCAUGCUUAAAUGUGCAAUUUUCUCAAAUAAUUUUUAUCACAAUGUUACAAAGAUGGAAGAGUUCAUUGUUAAAAAGAUAACACUUGAUUUGUGAGAAAGAAAAUCUAAGUGUACUAAUGUUCUAUGUGAGUAAAUUUUUAUAUCUGGGCUUGCCAAUUUAUUUUGUAUAUUUCCAUACUGGUAUGCUGGUUGUCGGUUUUACAUUUUGGUUGCACAAUUGGAGUUAUGCCUUUGUGCAGAAACAGGAGUUAAUGUUAAAAUACCCAAAUAUACGUACCUGACAGACUUAAUGUCUAAGGGUUUACUCCCGUUUUGGGAAACAUCACAAAUCAUGUUAAAACUGUUUGUCGGGUUGAUAGUGAUGUUGAAUUUCGAUUGGGAGUUUAGCGACAAGAUGGGGGUCGAGUUGUGGUUGGGUUAAGUCUAUUUUAUUGAUCUGUUGGAGGGGGAAAUGACCUGCAACGUGCGUGGCACUGGGGCAAGUGAACUUGUCGACUUGUACACCAUUAUAUUACUGUUUACAUGUCGUUGAUAUCCAAGUUGAUCUUUUUGUUUCACUAUAAACCAACAUUAAAUUUACAAAACCUGUAAUUAAGUGUAGUCAAACCAUUUUAGAAAUGGGCUUGUAAAUUGUAUUCCGUUUUAUGUAAUUUAGGUCACUAGUCAACUACAUGAUUAACUCAAUACAUUUUUUUAGGUUGGAUAUGUUGAAUAUUUAGUAUCUCUGGCAGCUUGUGAGCUUGUUUUUUUUGUUUGAAAAUCAAAUAAAAUAAAAUGUUGUUCAGUCAAAACAAUUUCAGAAACAAAUUUAAAUUCAGAUAAUAUGUCCAUUGUGGGAAAUGAAAGCAAUGUGCUUUAUACAUUCUAAAAUUCCUGGUUGAUUUUUUUUUUAAAUACUAGCUACUAAAUGUUACCGUCUUUCCAAUUUGAGUAUUUAUUGUAUUUAUGGAUAUAUUCACGUUAUAAUGGGCAGUGAUUGUUUGAUUAAUACAUUCAGGUAGCUUACGAUUUACUGUGCAUGCACAUUGGAGUCAAGAAAUGUUAUCCACGUAUGCAAAUAAUAAAUUAUAACAAACCUUUUCCUAUUUACAAGUAUUUAAAAUUGAUAUAAAACUUUGCAAAUAUUACAAUAAAAAUGAUGUAUAUAUAUCUCAAUGCCUAACAGUAGUAAUGGUUUGACGACUUCAAAUUAGAUAUUUAGCAAUAUAAAUGAAAGAGCAGGAUUAUUUGCUGUAAAUAUCUAUAUUUAGUAAAUUAAAAACAUUAGAAUUUUCUGGUUAAAUUAAGAUAUUGCAGAGACAAAGGUUAAAUUAAGAUAAAAAGAAAUUUGUCCAUAUUAUACUCUACCACCAUAUGUAAUGUAGUUACCCUCACUUCAAAAACAACAUUUUAAGGUUUGAUAACAUUCAUUAACUGCAAAUCAUGUUGUUGGCAUCAGACCUUCAUGUAAAUUUAGACAGAGUCAGCAAAGAAUGAAGUAAGGGUCUUAUAUGUUAGCCAUUAGACAUCAUAUUUUCAAUUCCCUGCCAUUUUUUUUCCAUUUUAAUUGCGCCAAAUGUAGUACUGUGAUUCUUCAUGUUAUGAAUGAACUAUGUUUUAUGUGUCUUGUAAAUAAACAAUUAUCACCCUGAUUUUACCUGCUUACCAAUGUAUUUUAAGUUUCAAAAAACAAAAUGUAGAUUUUUAUGUUCUUCAUUAUUUUUUAUAUUUUUCAUUUGAUUGUACCUGCAAUGUAUUCUUUCUCUAUAAACUACACAUCGUAUGCACUUAAGAUGUCCACAAUUUAAUAGGGGUUUAUUUUAUGAGUUUUCACUAUUCGGUACCCAUGGUCACGAGAUUUUGACUUGUUGUGCAAGAUCACAAGCUGUUGACAUAGUCGAGGUCAUGACCUUUGUAACCUGGUUACCAUGGCCAUGACCUUUGUGAACUGGUAUCCCAGGUUACACUAUGUUGACCUGGUUGAAAUGUUGACAUCUUUGUGACCUUGUCACAAACGACGGUCUUUGGCUCUUGAGACUAAACUGUUUUUUUUAUGUUUGUUAGUGUUAAAUGUCAAAGAUAAUGUAAACACAGCCAGAUUUGUGUUAAUUGUUUGUGUAGUCCUGAUCCUGUCCAACUCUAGACAACCUUUACUGCUCAAUGUCACUUCUAUUUGUACAGGCCUUAGCCAUAUAGGCUCGGGACAUCUGACUGACAUUUAUGUUCAUUAAAUUACUGCAUCUCAUGAUUGCCUUCAGCUUGUAGUCCUUACGUAAAGUCAUGCUGUGUCAAUAAACCAUCUAUACUUAC